AUGAUUUCUCAUGGAACAUCCUAUGCCAUUUUAGAAAAAUUGAAAAUGUUGUCGGAUAUACGAGACAAGAUUCGCGAGAAUCUAAAUGCUGCUCAUGAAAAGGCUUCUAAAACGUACAACACAAGAAGUAAGCCAGUUAAUUUUGUUGUGGGACAAGAGGUGUUCCGUAAGAACCAUUCGCAAAGUGAUUUUAAGAAGGGCAUUAAUGCCAAAUUCAACCCAAAAUUCAUUAAAUGCCGGAUCAGAAAGAGAAUCGGCAACGCUUUAUACGAUAUUGAAGAUCUCCAGGGCAAUUACAUUGGCAAGUAUCACGCUUCAGACAUUCGUCCUUAG